AUGGAGGGUCUCGCGCAACAAGUGGCCUUGCUGCAGGCGCAAUUAGCCGCCGCCUUUCAGAUGGGUGCUCUGAUAGCCCCUCAGCAGCCCGCGGCGCCGACGCCGGCAGCUUCUACUGGACAGCAUCCCGCAGCGGCGGGACGCUCCAAUGUGUCAGGUGACACACAUGCUCAGAUGGUGGCAAAGUUGCGCUCAGUGCCAAAGCUGGACACUACGAGGCAGUCACCACAACGCAACAUUCUCACAUGGCUCACAGCUAUGCAGUAUGAACUAAAGUUGCAUCAGAUACCCACAGCCUGCUGGGUUCUUUGUGCCCUGGAUUUCUUGGACCAGGCGGCACGCGACUACUAUGUGCAAGCCUAUUCGGCUACCGAACUUCGAGAGCUUCCCUGGGUGAAGUUCGCCACCCAGCUCAAGUCCCAACACAUGCCAUUGGGACUUCGAGCACAACUCGUUGCCUGUCUGGAUCACCUCCGUCAGGAGCCGCAAGAAUCCAUGGCAACAUACUACAAGCGUACGAAGCUUCUGCCAAAGAACAACUAG